AUGACAGGAGAGGAUGGCAAUGGAAACCUAACACCAGAAGCCAUGAUAGCUUUCAUGAACAUCGCCUUUCUAAUUGCCCUGUUCCUGCUCAACUCAGAUCGCAUUCAGAAAGCCAUUGAGAUAUGCAGCGAAUGUUUGAUUUUCGCAACUAACACCGAUCGAAACAGCAAAGACCAAUUUAAUUCACAACUGCAACAAUUUUACAGCGCCAUCUAUGAAGUUCUUUUCAGCGCUUAUCGCAGGAUCUCUGACUACAUAAGUGCGGAAAAAUACGGUAGGAAACUGCUUGUCUUAUGCAGCGAGUCUGGUGACUUAGUAAAAGAAGGAAAUGUAAGCUUAGUUCUAGCAGAGAUUUUUGAGAGUCAAAAGAGGUUUACAGAUGCCAAACAACUUUAUGAAAGAGCAGUUGAUAUAAAGAGACAAACUGGUGAAAAAACUGAUGAAGCAAGCGCCUGCGAAAGAUUCGGACAUAUGUUUUAUAAACUUAACGAAAACCAAAAAGCGAAGGAGUAUGUUGAGAGAGCCCUUACCAUAAGAACCGAAAUUGGCGACAAAACAGGAGAAGCAUCCUGUUACAGAGGCCUAGGAGUGUUGCUUCAAUUGCUCGGUCAAUGCAACAAGGCUAAAGAAUAUCUCCAAAAAGCGCUUGUCAUCACAACUGAAAUUGGCGACAGAAAUGGAGAAGGAGCAUGUUAUGGAAACCUAGGUACUGUGUUUCAGUUGCUCGGGCAAUACGACAAGGCUGAAGAGUAUCUCCAAAAAGCGCUUGUCAUCACAACUAAAAUUGGCGACAAAGAAGGAGAGGCAUCACAUUAUGGAAACCUUGGUACUGUGUUUCAGUCGCUCGGGCAAUACGACAAGGCUAAAGAGUAUCUCCAAAAAGCGCUUGUCAUUAGAACUGAAAUUGGCGACAGAGAAGGAGAGGCAUCAUGUUAUGGAAACCUAGGUACUGUGUUUGGGUCGCUUGGGCAAUACGACAAGGCUAAAGAGUAUCUCCAAAAAGCGCUUGUCAUCACAACUGAAAUUGGCGACAGAAAAGGAGAGGCAUCAUGUCAUGGAAACUUAGGUACUGUUUUUCGGUUGCUCGGGCAAUACGACAAGGCUAAAGAGUAUCUGCAAAAAGCGCUUGUCAUCACAACUGAAAUUGGCGACAGAGAAGGAGAGGCAUCAUGUUAUAGAAAGAUAAGUACUGUAUUACAGUCGCUCGGGCAAUACGACAAGGCUAAAGAUUAUCUCCAUAAAGUGCUUGUCAUCACAACUGAAAUUGGCGACAGAAAAGGAGAGGCAUCAUGUUAUGGAAACCUAGGUACUGUGUUUGAGUUGCUCGGGAAAUACGACAAGGCUAUAGAGUAUCUCCAAAAAGCGCUUGUCAUCAGAACUGAAAUUGGCGACAGAGAAGGAGAGGCAUCAUGUUAUGGAAACCUAGGUACUGUGUUUCAGUCACUCGGGCAAUACGACAAGGCUAAAGAGUAUCUCCAAAAAGCGCUUGUCAUCAGAACUGAAAUUGGCGACAGAAAAGGAGAGGCAUCAUGUUAUGGAAACCUAGGUACUGUGUUUCAGUUGCUCGGGCAAUACGACAAGGCUGAAGAGUAUCUCCAAAAGGCGCUUGUCAUCAGAACUGAAAUUGGCGACAGAAAAGGAGAAGCAUCAUGUUAUGGAAACCUAGGUACUGUGUUUCAGUUGCUCGGGCAAUACGACAAGGCUGAAGAGUAUCUCCAAAAAGCGCUUGUCAUCACAACUGAAAUUGGCGACAGAAAAGGAGAGGCAACAUGCUAUAGAAACCUAGGUUCUGUGUUUCAGUUUCUCGGGGAAUACGAGAAGGCUAUAGAGUAUCUCCAAAAAGCGCUUGUCAUCAGAACUGAAAUUGGCGACAGAGGAGGAGAAGCAUCAUGUUACGGAAACCUAGGUACUGUGUUUCAGUCGCUCGGGCAAUACGAGAAGGCUAAAGAGUAUCUCCAAAAUGCGCUUGUCAUCAGAACUGAAAUUGGCGACAGAAAAGGAGAGGCAACAUGUUAUGGAAACCUAGGUGCUGUGUUGCAGUUUCUCGGGCUAUACGACAAGGCUAUAGAGUAUCAUAAAAAAGCAUUCGUCAUCAUAACUGAAAUUGGCGACAGAAAAGGAGAGGCAUCAUGUUAUGGAAACCUAGGUACUGUGUUUGGGUCGCUCGGGCAAUACGAGAAGGCUAAAGAGUAUAUCCAAAAAGCGCUUGUCAUCAGAACUGAAAUUGGCGACAGAAAAGGAGAGGCAAAUGAUUACGGAAGCCUAGGUAUUGUGUUUCAGUCGCUCGGGAAAUACGAGAAGGCUAAAGAGUAUCUCCAAAAAGCGCUUUAUAUCAGCACUGAAAUUGGUGAUAAGGAAAUGGAAGCAGCACAUCUUGCAACCUUUGGAAGUGUGUAUAGAAUGUUUGGAGAUUAUGAAGCUUCGGAGGUAUGCUUGGAGAAAGCUUUAUCCAUAUCCAGAGAUAUUGGAAAUAGAGGAAUGGUGUUCAAAAUCCUUCAAGAAUGCGCCAUUUUGUAUUUAUCACAAGAGAAAACCAGAAUAUUUCCAUACAAGCUGCUUUGUACUCUGCUUUGUUACACUGGAAAAAUUCGUGAUGCUCUUUAUGUUGAGGAGUUGAGUCGAGCUAGAGGUCUAUCAGACUUGAUGGCAGAGAAGUACUCCGUUGAAAUGAACACCUCUGCUAAUCCACAAUCUUGGUUUGGCAUUGAAAACAUUUUUAGAAAGAGAAAUAACUGUACUUGUCUGUACAUUUCUUAUUUUCAGAAUCAUCUGCAUUUGUGGGUCUUGAAAACAAGUGGAGUCCUUCACCAUAGAAGAAUAUCACUAGAAGAGAAUCUAGUUCAGGCUGGGUUGCCCAAAGAUUUGCCUUUGAGUAAAUUUUUGGCUAAUAAUUUCCGGAGUCUUGGUAUUUUGCCCAUUGAAGAUUGUGAAGAUCGGUCUUUAAAUAUGGUUGAAUUGCAACCUCUCUCCCCUCAACAAAAGAGGUCAGAAAGAUUGCGACUCUUGGAAGAGGACGAGAGAGUCAUUUCAAGUCUACCUUUGUGUUACAAAAUGUUUAUUGCCCCCGUUUACGAUUUGCUCGAGGAGCCUGAAGUUAUUAUUGUUCCUGACCGCAGUUUGUACAAAGUUCCCUUUGCUGCCCUAAGAGAAAAGGACGGAACCAAAUACCUGUCGGAGACUCAUAGGAUUCGUGUCAUUCCUUCUUUGACGACACUCAAGAUGAUUCAAGAUAGUCCAGAGGACUAUCACAGCAACACUGGUGCCUUGAUAAUAGGCAAUCCCGAGGUUGAUCGGCUGCCGUCAUUGCCAGGUGCAAGAAAAGAAGCGGAGAUGGUCGGACGAUUAGUGGGUGUUCCGCCUCUGCUAGAAAAGGAAGCAACGAAGCAGGCGGUGCUUGAGCGGAUAAGUUCAGUGAGCCUGAUACAUAUUGCUGCCCAUGGUAACGCCGAGAGGGGAGAAAUUGCCCUCUCCCCCAUUCCUACUCCCAACAAUCGAAACGCUGUCCCUCCACAGGAAGCUUACAUGUUGACGAUGGCUGAUGUCUCACGAGUAAAAGUCAGAGCUAAACUGGUGGUACUUAGCUGCUGUCACAGUGGUAGUGGAGAGAUUAGAGCCGAGGGAGUCAUAGGAAUUGCCCGUGCGUUCUUAGGAUCUGGUGCUCGCUCGGUGUUGGUUGCGCUGUGGGCUAUUUCAGACUCAGCAACAGAGACGCUAAUGAGUCGGUUUUACGAACACCUUGUUAAAGGAGAAAGUGCCAGUGAAUCCCUUCAUCAGGCCAUGAAGUGGAUGAGAAAAAACGGCUUGACCAAAGUGUCUGAGUGGGCUUCGUUUACGCUGAUUGGAGAUGAUGUGAGACUCAAGUUUGACAUGCAGAGGAAAGAAGACCCCGACGGAUGAAUGAUGAGAAUACCUUGAAGGAAACAGACCUCAGAGACUUUUAAAUGGA